CCGGGCGGCUGCGGCGCGCAGGCCGAGCGAACCAAGUGACGGGCCGAGCAGGGAAGGAACAGACGCACGGGUGGACGCGGCGAAGCGCUUCAUUCCAGUGCUCGACAUGAAUGGAUACGUGGACUUCUCCCCAAGUCCUACCAGCCCCACCAAGGAGCCAGGGGAGCCUCAGCCCACCCAGGCUGUGCUCCAGGAAGACGUGGACAUGAGCAGUGGUUCCAGCGGAAAUGAGAACUGCUCCACGGGGCGGGACUCUCAGGGCAGUGACUGUGACGACAGUGGGAAGGAGCUGCGGAUGUUAGUGGAAUCUUCCAACACCCACUCCAGCCCUGAUGAUGCCUUCAGACUCAUGAUGAAAGAGGCGGAACACAACCCCUCCACAAGCGGCUGCAGUAGUGAGCAGUCUGCCAAAGCUGACGCACACAAAGAACUGAUAAGGACCCUGAGGGAACUGAAGGUUCACCUCCCUGCAGACAAGAAGGCCAAGGGGAAGGCCAGCACGCUGGCAACCUUGAAGUAUGCCUUGCGGAGCGUGAAGCAGGUGAAGGCUAAUGAGGAGUACUACCAGCUGCUAAUGUCCAGCGAGAGCCAGCCCUGCAGCGUGGAUGUGCCUUCCUACACCAUGGAGCAGGUUGAGGGCAUUACCUCCGAGUAUAUCGUGAAGAAUGCGGAUAUGUUUGCUGUGGCCGUGUCCCUGGUUUCUGGGAAGAUCCUGUACAUCUCUAACCAAGUGGCCUCCAUCUUUCACUGUAAGAAGGAUGCCUUCAGUGACGCCAAGUUUGUGGAGUUCCUAGCUCCUCAUGACGUCAGCGUGUUCCACAGCUACACCACCCCUUACAAGCUUCCACCCUGGAGUGUGUGCAGCGGCUUAGAUUCUUUCACUCAGGAGUGCAUGGAGGAGAAAUCUUUUUUCUGCCGUGUCAGUGUUGGGAAACACCACGAGAAUGAGAUUCGCUACCAGCCCUUCCGCAUGACACCCUACCUGGUCAAGGUGCAAGAGCAGCAAGGUGCCGAGAGCCAGCUCUGCUGCCUGCUGCUAGCAGAGAGGGUACACUCGGGCUAUGAAGCCCCUAGAAUUCCUCCCGAGAAAAGGAUCUUCACAACGACCCACACACCAAACUGCUUGUUCCAGGAUGUGGAUGAAAGGGCGGUCCCCCUCCUGGGCUAUCUACCUCAGGAUCUGAUCGAGACCCCUGUGCUCGUGCAGCUCCACCCCAGCGACCGGCCCUUGAUGCUCGCCAUCCACAAGAAGAUCCUACAGGCCGGUGGGCAGCCUUUCGAUUAUUCUCCCAUUCGAUUCCGUACCCGCAACGGGGAGUAUAUCACACUGGAUACUAGCUGGUCCAGCUUCAUCAACCCAUGGAGCAGGAAGAUAUCUUUCAUCAUUGGGAGACACAAAGUCAGGGUAGGCCCUUUGAAUGAGGAUGUGUUCGCAGCCUCCCCAUGCCCAGAGGAGAAGACUCCGCACCCCAGCGUUCAGGAGCUCACGGAGCAGAUCCACCGGCUACUGAUGCAGCCUGUCCCCCACAGUGGCUCCAGUGGCUAUGGAAGCCUGGGCAGUAACGGAUCCCAUGAACACCUCAUGAGCCAGACAUCAUCCAGCGACAGCAACGGUCAAGAGGAGUCUCACCGGAGGAGAUCCGGAAUUUUUAAAACCGGUGGCAAGAUUCAAACCAAAAGUCACUUUUCUCAUGAGUCUGGAGGACAGAAGGAAGCAUCUGUUGCAGAAAUGCAAAGCAGCCCCCUGGCUCAAAUGAAAGCUGUCACCACCAUAGAAAGGGACAGCUCAGGAGCCAGCCUACCCAAGGCCAGCUUCCCAGAGGAACUAGCGUAUAAGAACCAGCCUCCUUGUUCCUACCAGCAGAUCAGCUGCCUGGACAGUGUCAUCAGGUACCUGGAGAGCUGCAGUGAGGCAGCCACCCUGAAAAGAAAGUGCGAGUUCCCAGCCAACAUCCCAUCCCGGAAGGCCACAGUCAGCCCUGGGCUGCACCCUGGAGAGGCAGCGCGGCCUUCCAAGGUGACCAGCCACACGGAGGUCAGUGCUCACCUGAGCUCCCUGACGUUGCCAGGCAAGGCCGAGAGUGUGGUGUCCCUCACCAGCCAGUGCAGCUACAGCAGCACCAUCGUGCACGUGGGCGACAAAAAGCCACAGCCCGAGCUAGAGACAGUAGAAGAUGUGGCCAGUGGGCCCGAGUCCCUGGAUGGUGCAGCUGGUGGCCUCAGCCAAGAAAAGGGGCCUCUUCAGAAGCUGGGUCUCACCAAGGAAGUUCUGGCUGCACAUACCCAGAGAGAGGAACAGGGCUUCCUGCAGAGGUUCAGGGAGGUGAGCAGGCUCGGUGCCCUGCAGGCUCACUGCCAGAACUAUCUCCAGGAGCGGUCCCGGGCCCAGGCGAGUGAUCGAGCUGCCCCAGGACUAAGAAAUACUUCUGGAGUAGAGCCAUCUUGGAAAAAAACUGGAAAGAACAGGAAAUUGAAGUCCAAGCGCGUCAAGACUCGGGACUCUUCUGAGAGCACAGUGUCUGGGGGACCCGUGUCCCACCGACCUCCUCUCGUGGGCCUGAAUGCCACAGCCUGGUCACCCUCUGACACAUCCCAGUCCAGCUGCCCCUCGGCACCAUAUCCCGCCGCAGUGCCAGCUUACACCCUGCCUGUGUUCCAGGCACCUGGACUAGUAUCCACGCCAGGGACGGUGGUGGCACCACCCGCAGCUGCCCACACCAGCUUCACCAUGCCUGUUGUGCCUGUGGGCACCCAGCCUGAAUUCGCAGUGCAGCCCCUGCCAUUCGCUGCCCCCUUGGCUCCCAUCAUGGCCUUCAUGCUACCCAGUUACCCAUUCCCACCGGCGACCCCAAACCUGCCUCAGGCCUUCUUCCCCAGCCAGCCUCACUUUCCAGCCCAUCCCACACUUGCCUCUGAAAUAACUCCUGCCUCCCCGGCUGAGAUCCCUAGCCGGACCUCGAUGCUCAGACAGCCAUGCGUUUGCCCAGUCACCCCUCCAGCUGGCACAGUGGCCUUGGGCAGGGCCUCCCCACCGCUCUUCCAGUCCCGAGGCAGCAGUCCCCUACAGCUUAACCUGCUUCAGCUGGAGGAGGCACCUGAAGGCAGUACUGGAGCCGCAGGGACCUUGGGGACCACAGGGACAGCAGCUUCUGGUCUGGACUGCACAUCUGGCACAUCUCGGGAUCGGCAGCCAAAGGCACCUCCAACAUGCAACGAGCCCUCAGAUACCCAGAACAGUGAUGCCAUUUCCACGUCCAGUGACCUGCUCAACCUCCUGCUGGGUGAGGACCUCUGCUCAGCCACUGGCUCAGCACCAUCUAGAAGCGGGGCAUCUGCCACCUCAGACUCUCUGGGCUCCAGCUCGCUGGGCUGCGACACAUCCCAAAGUGGGGCAGGCAGUAGUGACACAAGUCACACCAGCAAAUACUUUGGGAGCAUUGAUUCUUCAGAGAAUAAUCACAAAGCGAAAAUGAUCACAGACACGGAAGAAAGUGAACAGUUCAUUAAGUACGUCUUACAGGACCCCAUCUGGCUGCUGAUGGCCAACACAGACGACAGCAUCAUGAUGACAUACCAGCUGCCCUCCCGGGAUCUCCAGUCAGUCUUGAAAGAGGACCAGGAGAAGCUGAAACUGCUACAGAGGUCCCAGCCCCGGUUCACAGAGGGCCAGAGGCGAGAGCUUCAAGAGGUUCAUCCGUGGGUCCACACUGGGGGUCUGCCUACAGCCAUCGAUGUGACAGGCUGUGUGUACUGUGAGACUGAAGAGAAAGGCAACGUUUGCCUGCCGUAUGAGGAAGUCAGUCCUUCUCCUGGACUCUGUGAUACCUCAGAAGCCAAAGAGGAGGAAAGCAGAGAGCUGACAAGCCCCAGGAAGGAGGCCCAGACAUAACCCCGAGCCCCAGCCAGAGAUCUACGUUAGACGGUGCUCGGAAGAGGCGGAAGAUCUUGUUGUUUCUCAUGAAGUGAACCCAUACCUACACUGCUCUCUUUGUUUUAGAAAAAAACCAAACACCAUAGUUUUCUGAAGGAGAGGUUUAGGAGGAAAUACGUUUUUGUAUUAAAAUAGAAAUAUGGAAUUUGGGGGAUAGGGUGAGAUUCAUCAUUGAACUUGAGGAGACUGAGGUGGUCUGUGUGUCAUGGAGGUUGCCUCAUGGCCCUCAGAAGUCUCUUGACCUCCAUGAAACCUCUUUCCAGUGUACCAAUGUCGGCUGGCCCCUAUGGAUUGUUCUGAAACAUCAUACCAGGAUAUGACAUGUAACAGGGAAGCCACAUGAGGCUCUCAGCAAAGGGCCCAGCUUUCUGGAACUUUCCCAUGGUGUGAUUGUAUCAGAUUAUAUCUCCCAAGCAGAGAGACAUCCUCUCAGUGUGUUCUCUUAUGUGGUUUGGAGCAUGGUGUAGCAGCUUUGGCUUCAGGUCCUGUGGUGGCCAACAUUCCAGUCUGACAUGGCUUCUGUUCAUCAACAAAGUUGAACGCCUACUCUGGACUAAUGGAGCUUAGUGGUUUCUGUGACAGACUAGCACCCCCACACUGUAUAUUUCUGUGAUGUCCUUGUAUCCUUUUUAGACCAUCAUGGCCAGUGUGCAAAGAGAGCUGUGUCAUCAGCCAUGUUGCCCUGUCUGCAUGGUGGCCUCUGCAAGCCAGACUUUGUUGCUGCAAGGGACAUAGUCGUAUAUUUGUUCUAUGGUUGGACUCUCUCAGACAUCAGCUCCCAGCAGAAAACAGCCACUGAACAUGGGGAGAGAGCACUCACACUGCCGCCCUGAGUUCUCCAGUCUGCAGGGAGCUCAGCCUCCCACUAUAUAUGUGUUCCUAGCUCCUGUGGCUUCAGGUCUCUGUCACAUCUGUCUGUGCUGCCGGUCCUCCAAUCACUGGAACCCAUGGAGAGAAGGGGACCUCUCUGCCCAGCUCUACAAAACUUUAUGCUGCAUCAGACAUCCAAAGAUUGUUCUGACAUGCUUACUCACGGUGACCCCUGGUGAAAUGAGACAUCACCAGGGAGGAAUCUUUGACUUACAAGUGGACAAAGUCAGGAGGAAGCAGGGUUUCCUGAGUCUGAAGUGGCUUCUAGAAAGAUGUCCUGCUGUCGUCGGUUUUCAUAGUAAAGCCAUCUGAUGCCUGAAUAGUACCCCUAUUUUUCAUAAACACAAGAACUCUAUUUUUUUUUAUUAUUAUUAAAGCAACACCACCUUUCACAAUGAUCAGGUGGUAGCCAUGUUUUAAAGGAAAUUGAAUGUUACAGACAGCUGCCUCUCUGACUAGUCGGAUCCUAAGGGUAGACAGAUGAUGGUCUAAGCCUACGCUUGUUACUUAAACACAAAACUGCCAAAACCUUCUCUCUACUAUCUUGAAUGUUUACCAUCAGCGUUAUUUUAUGAUUAUUUAAUAUAUAUUCCUUGAUUGUUAACUGCUAAGAAGUUGACUUCCUAGGAUAAUUUUGUGAAUCUGUUUACAAGAUGCCAAGCAUCCAGUCCUGUUUCCUUUAGAAUGUGUGCUUACACGGGUGUUCUGAGACUUUCUCUAUUUUAAACUGAGCCUUCUUUUUUAAUGUAAAUAAGCUCUCAGAGUUUGUGCCAUGAUGAUUCGUGAGCCUUGCCGGACAAGCGGUUUGUUCAUGCGCAAACCAAACGUACCUUCACCCAGUGCAAUAUAUUUGUGUGACUGCUUGUGUCUUUUUAUGACUUUUUUGCCUUUUAGAAAAUUGUUAAAUAAAGCAGGUAUAUUUUUAUUUUCA